AUGUCCAAAUACCUUGCCGAGCUUUGUUCUCUCCUCAUCGAAGAUAAUUAUGGCGAGUUCUACGCUCAUAUCUUUUCGACUUUACUAUCGCAUGGCCGACUCCUCGCCCUGCAGCUUGCUCUGAAAUGUCACCUUCCGCUGCGACAAAUUCAACAUGGACUCGCUGUGCUGGUGCAAGCUGGACUUGUAUUCCAUCAUACCACAUCUGAAGGAAGAACAUCUUACGACGCCAACCCCCGAAAUGCUUAUAACCUCGUUCGACCCGGCAGAACCUUUGAACUCGUACAGAAGCGAUUCGGAAGGGCUGCUUCUGCGAUAGUCACACAGCUAGUCCUCCUUGGCCACGCACCUGUUGGACAGUUAAAGACAGUGAUUAGAACAGCCGACGAGUCCACUACUGUCCAGGACCAUGAUAUCGAGAAUGAUCGCGCAAACAGCACAUCGAUAGUGGGUAGUCUUGCUAAAGAUCGACCUGAUGUUGAGAUCGACAACGCCCUGAGAGAGCUAUGUAAGCAUGGUCUGAUAUGUCGGUUACGGGAAGCGCAUUUUCGGACAGAGGCAGACACUCGUCAAUUGGUCGAGGAAAAGGUGCACAACUCUUUCAGUUCGACCGCCAAAGGUACAAAACUGAAAGAAGAGUUUGCUGAAAAGGUCGAGGAGGCCAUUGAGAAAGAAGUUAAUUCUUGUAUCAAUUUUCGGAAGUCAGGAUCUGAAAACAUGAUAUCGCAGAAGCGUAAGCUAGACGAUGCGGAUAAUAUUCCCAACCCCAAAAGACUCAAAUUGUCGAAUGGUGUUGCACCAAACGAAGGCUUUGAUCACACCUACUUUGUUGGUGACAACACAAACUUUCUCACCGAUAGCCUCGUCGUGAGGCUGAAUUACGCCAGAAUUGCAGUCCUCUUUCGGAACAGUCGGCUUGUAAGCUUGGUGACAGCCAUUUACGGUAAGAAUUUUUCAAGGACUUAUGAAGCUAUCCUCAACCAACUCGAGCCUGAUCUCCCUGAUCCCCAAGAGGACAUCAGCCUUGGUCCAGAGCAAGAGCGGCCUCCCGGUACUACAUCUGAGGUUGACGAGGCCUUGUUGGCCCAAGAUCUGGCUCACCAGGAAGCGUACAAAGAGCACUCAGGUUCACCAUGGCGAAGCGUUAAUGGCUAUGUGAACGGUACCAAGCAUCAGCUAACACCCGAAGCGCGAUCUCACCUGGAGGUUCUAUGUCAGGAGCCCUACAGAUUUCUUUCUCGCUCGUUGGAGUAUCCAGAUCGAUAUGUCGUCGAAUACUCUCCCCUUUCAAUUCACCUCCGCAACGCCGAAAUCUUCCGCAUCAUCUUCGCACGUUUCGACAAAUACGCCGUCCGCAUCAUUCGAGUCCUUCUCGACAAAGGCAAACUAGACGAGAAGCACCUACAAGAACUCGUAUUGAUGUCCGCUAAAGAGCUUCGCCAAAUCCUUGCCAUGCUUCAGCAAGCAGGAUUUCUGGAAUUACAAGAAGUGCCACGUGAAGCACAGCGGCAACCAAGCAGGACGAUAUAUUUGUGGUUUUACGAUCCAGACCGGGUGAGGAAGAUGCUGAUAGAGAAUACAUAUAAGUGUAUGGCGAGAUGCUUUCAGAGGAUGAAGGUGGAAAGGGAUAAGAUCAGACCUACGAUUGAGAAGAGCGAAAGGAGCGACGUGAAGGGAAAAGAAGAAAAUUUAUUAGCAAGAGCGGAGCUCGAGGUGUUAAAAGGAUGGCGAAGAAAGGAGGAAUGGUUGCUGGGUGAGGUGGGAAGGCUUGAUGAGCUAAUUUUUGUGCUUAGAGAUUUUUGA